UUCCCGUGAUUAGGUCUUCUGGGGGUGUGGGCACCACCGGCAUUCACCGGCCGGCUCUUCGGGAAACCUGAACUUCUGAAUUAGCUCCGUAACUGAGCAAUUAAGUGCCGCAUCGCGUUCGUCUGUAAAUAUUUUCUGUGGAGCAGCCUUGCGCAGCAAACGAAUGCCUUAGCUCGGAAAGGAAAUGCACACAAGUGGCCGAGCUGGAGCUGCGCGGAGCCCGCACGCAUUCUGCACCGCGGGUCGGUGGUGGAGAUUCGUGUUUUCAGACUGGUAACAGCGGAUAGCGGUCGUGCUGGGCGCGGUACGGGAUUCAUAUGGAUCAUUGAGACGCGGCUCAUAGAUAAUGGAAUACACAAAACUGUAUUUGCGCAUUUGAAACUGUCUGUGAGUACAUGACCAGUUCACUGUUGAAAAUACACCGAUAUGAAGUGGAUUUAUCCUCUCUAAGACGCUGUGGAUGUAUUCAAAAAGAAAAGAGAUUCGUUUCUAUUACGACAAAUGAGCAUAUCAUUCCUUCCACUCGGAUCAACGACGCAUUUAUGGAAAUUGGGUCUCUCAGAUGGCAUGAAACUGCAAAGACGUGACUGGUAAUAAUUCAGAACAUUCCUUUCCCUGUCGAAAAAAAAAAUCUAAACAAACAAACCUAAAAACAGCCACGUUUCAGCUCGUCGUGCUGGUUUAGGGUUUUUCUUUCUACGAAUAGCCUAACCUGUAACUCCAGUGACCACUAUUGCCCAGGGUGCGAAUUAUGGGGUGGGGAUGAGUAGAGGGGUAUAUGUUUACCCCAAAAUAAAGACUUGAACCCCUAAGGAAUUCAAAACAAAUCGUCUGAGGGUUCUUAAAAAUAUGCAUAGGCUAAGUGUAUAUUUCAAAAGACGUUUAAGGUAAAGUUAGCUAAAAUUGCGCUAAAAUAAAUGCUCGUAAAUAGAAAUCACGGUAUUCUGAAAAGAUAAGCAUAGCAACGUUUCGUUACUCGAGCGCUUUCUCGAUGUGGGAUUUUACAUCAAAAAAUCAUAAUAGUCUAAUGAUUCCUUUUUGUUGAAAAAGUCUUCGAGGUAUUUGAAGGAUAUAUUACUAUAGCGACGCCAAAGUCUGGGUUGCGCGAAACUGCGCCCCAAAAUAACUUGACAGAAUUCUGAAAGAAAAGUCGAGCCUUUGAAAGUCUCGCACAGUGAUAUUGCCACAUGCAUUUUCAUUCCGACUUAUCUUUUUCUUAAAAGUAAAUGCAGUAGCCUACUAACAAAACGUCUCUGACCCAGAAGGACCUGAUGAGAUUCAACGCAACGCUUCAUCAUUUCAGUGAUCCAGCUGCGUGGGUUGAACACUGAUGCUCCGGAUCUCUGAUGCUGAUGCUGGUUCAUCGCCCUUGCGCUGUUGCUGCAUUCUAGGAUGUUGCGACAAGUGUUGCACGAAGGGCUCAGGACGUCAUUCCAUAAACUGGGCCACUUUGUCGCCAAUCAUCCAGUGUUUUUCGCCUCCGCACCCGUGCUGAUCUCCAUCCUGCUGGGCGCGAGCUUCAGCAGAUACCGCAUAGAGGAAAACGUGGAGUACCUGUUAGCUCCCAAACACAGCCUGGCGAAGAUCGAGGGGAACUUGGUGGACAGUUUGUUCCCCGUGAACCGAUCCAAACACACCCUCUACUCAGACUUGCAAACACCCGGGAGAUAUGGUCGGGUCAUCGUGACUUCGCGCAGGGGGAGCGUGUUGGACCCUCACCACGUCAACUCAGUCCUAAAGCUACACAACACAAUUACUCAGAUCCAGGUUCCUAUGCUGGGAUUCAACUACACCUUUGCCCACCUCUGCCUGUUGGAUGACAGCAAGAGCUGCAUCGUGGAUGACAUCCUGCGAGUUCUGGAGGAGAUGAGGUCAGCGCGGGCAUCCAACCAUUCAGUACCCACUCUGCAUUAUCCCAUCACCAAACUCAAAGAUGGGCGGGAGGCCUACAUUGGGCACCAGCUGGGCGGAGUCCUGUCAGGUGGAGGGAGAGACGGGGUGCGUACUGCUCGAGCCCUUCAACUCACGUACUACCUGCAAGCGGCCAGCCCACUGAACGAAGUGGUAGCAGCCAGCUGGGAGCUGCUGUUCUGCAAGGAGUUGGAGAACUUUGGAAAGGCUCAUCUAGAGCUUAGCCUAUACCCCUUCACUUCCUCUUCUCUUCAGAGGGACUUCCAAAUGACCAGUCGGGUAUCAGAACGGCCGCUGCUCUUUAGCCUGGCUCUGUGUCUCUCACUGGCCAUGCUGUGCUGCUCAAUGCGAGACUGUGUGCGUACAAAGCCAUGGCUGGGUCUUCUGGCUCUGGUGACCGUCAGCCUGGCUACACUCACUUCUGCAGGCAUUUUCAAUCUCACAGGAGGGAAAUACAAUUCAACAUACCUGGGUAUCCCUUUUGUCAUGUUAGGUCAUGGCUUGUUUGGGACAUUUGAGAUGCUGUCGUCUUGGCGACGUACCCGCGAGGACCAGCAUGUGAAGGAGCGUGUUGCUGCUGUUUUCUCUGACUGUAUGCUGCCCUUCACAGCUAGCACGGCUUUGCAUGUGGUCACCUUCGGCAUCGGGGCCAGUCCAUUCACAAACAUUGAGGCUGUGCGUCUCUUUUGUCGAAAUGCUUGUAUCUCAGUCCUCUUCAACUACCUCUACAUCCUCACCUUCUAUGGCUCCAACUUAGUGUUUGCCGGCUACCUGGAAAACAACUACCGUCACAGUCUAUUCUGCAGGCGUGUACCAAAGCCCGAGUUGCUGCAGCAGAAGCCAGCGUGGUAUCGCUUUCUCAUGUACACACAUUACAAUGAGGAGGCCACAGAAGCAGGACCACUGCGUGCUUAUGAAAGUCACCUGCUGGUAGCCUUUAUGAAGCGGUACUACUGUGACUGGAUCACCAACACCUAUGUCAAACCAUUUGUGGUUCUCUUCUACUUAAUUUAUGUUUCCUUUGCCCUCAUGGGCUACCUUCAGGUCAGUGAAGGGUCAGAUCUUAGUAAUGUGGUUGCCACAGAAACAAGCACUAUAGCAUACACCCAUGCACAGCAACGGUAUUUCAGCAGUUACAGCCCUGUGAUUGGCUUCUACAUUUAUGAGUCCAUUGAGUACUGGAACACGAGCGUGCAAGAUGACUUACUGGAAUACACUAAAGGUUUUGAACGUAUCUCCUGGUUUGAGAGUUACCUCAACUACCUUCAUGGACUGAACAUCACCACUAGCCUGUCACGCAGCAACUUCACAGAACAUUUGCGGUCUGGCUUUUUGCGCCAACCCCGAUUUGUGCAUUUCUCGGACGAUAUCAUUUUUGCCAAACGUGCGGAUGGGGAAUUUGAUGUGGUAGCCUCACGUAUGUUUCUAGUGGCCAAGACAACAGAAAACAAACGAGAGGAGAUGUCUAUCCUGCUGGAUACACUAAGGAAGUUGUCGCUGACCUCCAGGGUGAAAUUCAUAAUUUUUAAUCCAUCCUUUGUGUAUAUGGACCGUUAUGCUUCAUCUGUUGGAGCACCCCUGAAGAACUCUUGUAUUGCAGCUCUCUUUCUGCUCUUCUUUUCCACCUUCUUGGCAGCUGACCCACUGGUGAAUGCCUGGUUGACUGUGACAGUAGCCUCUGUUGAGUUUGGGCUGGUGGGUUUCAUGACCCUGUGGCGUGUAGAGUUGGAUUGCGUCUCAGUGCUGUGUCUGAUCUAUGGGGUGAACUAUGCUGUAGACUCCAGUGCUCCACUGGUAUCUGCAUUUGCUCUAGGCCGGGAAUCCACGCGUACACGCUGGGUGAAACUAGCUCUGGAACGACAUGGAGUUCCUGCCCUUCAGAGUUACUUGUGUUAUGGGGCUGCUCUGCUCCCUCUCGCAGCCGUGCCCUCAAACCUCACCCGCACACUGUUCAGGUGCUUCUUUCUCACCACCAUCAUCACCGCCUUCCACUGUUUGGCCAUUAUCCCUGUCCUGCUCACCUUCUUGCCUCCCUCCAAGAAAAAAUGUCAGGAGAGAAAGAAUGCUGCAGAAAACCUGGAGGAAAUUGAGUGUGUGGAAAUGGUGAACAGCACACGUGUGGUUGAUCAGAUUACCACUGUCUGACCACAUGCCCAAAAGAGAGGUAUACUGGAGGAUGUACAAGAGAGAAAAAAGAACACCCACAGGGGGUGGCAGAAGGAGACCUGAGAUAUGAGAGUCAGCCUUUGUGCAGCUAGGCUUCCAGUUCCCAUACUUAAAAGCCUCUAGAUGGAUGAGAAUGAGCUUUAGAAUGAGCCCAUAUUUUAAACAAGGCUUCUGUUUGAUGGUAAUAGCAGAUGAGUUUGAUGUUGAGCCAUUAACAGUGGGUGUAUUGUUGUCAUGGUAAAAGUCCUAUGCAGGUUUUCCUGCAGCUCAAUGAGAGCGAAGAAGGACAGAUGAACCACACUGCUGCACAGUUGCAGAUAAUCACAGAGGGGGGCUUCUCUGGUCUGCAGUAUUACAGCAGCUGUAGAGCUGAAACAGUAACAAGCAAUUGCUUUGACAAGGCAUAGAUAGAGACUUACAAUGCUUCUGAUGCCCCAAGAACCAUACCAAGACUUUCAUGGGGCACUAAGCUAAAGACCAAGCAGCCAUAUUCACAUCUGCUUUCACAGCCAUGACUUUAAUGUGCCCAAUGUCAUUUCUUCUCAGAGGUUAGAUGUUUCUGUCAGGACAAUAUAUUUGUCUUUUGGUAUAUGGUGGUAUUAAAAAUACAUAGUAUUUGAAAAGUAUUUUCACUGAUCAUGGUGAAAGUCACCUCUCCCACCAUUACCAAUGUCUCAGAAGCAUUUAAGGCUCAUCUUCCAUAUAGGAAAUACAGGAGGGAAGGGGGUGGGGAUGUAUCUGAGCGAUACAUAGAAGCAAGACUCUGCUGACAGGUUGGUAUGCUGUGCAAUGCUUCCAUGGUAACUCUGAUCACAGUUUAGUUGCAUAGUGUAUGUUUAAUUUCCUUCCCUCUCAAUUCAAUAAGGUUACCAAUUAAGUCACACUGCAAUUGAAAGUAUCAUCUAUGAAGGAUUUUGCCCUGCUGCUUCUUGCUUAUUUUGUUUGCCUCUGAAAUGUUGAAAAUCACCUUGUCACGGACAAUGCUCUUCAUCAAUAUGCAUAAGCCAGGGUCCCUUUGUUUUCACCCUCCUUUGCCCUCUGAGUAUAAAAGGCUUGAACAAAAAAAAGAUACAGAGAGACCUGGAGCAGAAAGACUGCAUAAGAAAGGAACAUCUGGCCAAUCAUAUCUACUUACUUUUCAAAUUACCCUCAAAAACCAAUUGAUAUUAAAUCAAUCAUGAAGUAAAACAGCAUCCCCAUUAGAUCCAACUCUUACUGUAUUUGUGCAAGGAUUGGUGAUUUAAGGCAGCUGGGGUUGGGGUUGGGGGCAUAUCUUUUUUCAAGUAUCCCUUUCUCAAGCACACACAUGGACUGUGACAUUGACAUUCCUGAUGACUGUGAUAUAAUAGAAUGGUUAUGUUGCAGCUUGUGAAAUAUUGUUGAAUGCAUUGCUCCAGAUAAUCAUAUAAAGGACAAUAAAAGGGAAAAAGACAGCUAGACAUGUACAUGAUAGGACACAAAUGCACACACACUUAAUGUGGCAGCUGUAAAAUCGGCUUUUUUUACCAUUCCCCACAUGCUUGAUGGUCCUUACCUACUCCAGUCUCCUCCUAAGUAUCACUUCUGAAUCACUGCAUGGCCCACAAGCAUCAGGAUGAGAUUUAGAUAGGCUACACAUUUAAAUAUACAUAACUAUAUGGCUAAUUAAAUUUAUAUAUUUACAGUGCUAGAGCCUCUCACAGCUGAUUUUACUCAUCUUGAUGAAGUAGCCAGUACUCUACACAAUUUCAAACUUAUCUGAGGAUAGUGCUCUAUAAGUUCUCUCAACAAAUUAAUUAAAGUUUUCAAACAUCUCUAAAUGUUCUCAGACAAGCUACCCAACUGCAGCUUUUACUGAUCUAAGCUCUUGCUGAUCUCAGUGAAGCACUCAGACAGCUCUGUCUUAUUUCAGAACAGUGCUGUAAAUAGAGCUUUCACUGAUCUCAGAAUAGCACUGAAACACAUCAGAAACAUCCUUAUUGUUCAGUACUUUUCUUGACAGGUCCUAUACUGAAUAAAUUAAAAUAAAUUUCUUAAUCUGUACUUUUGUGCAUAUAUAAACAAGUAAAACUGCAUUAGAUAUUAAAGGGUUAGUUCACCCAAAAAUGACAAUUAGCUCAUAAAU